CAGAGCCUUGUAGUGGCUGACAAACCCACAUUUAGAAAUUGUUUGGUGGCAAUGCGGCCAAAUGCUAUACUGGCAGACAUACCUUCAACUCAUGAUGUGUCAGCUUACAUUCACAACGCAUUCAUUGAAUUCUUCAAGGAUCUCAAGGUCCGAAUGCAG